AUGGACGGCGAUUUAUACGAUGAGUUUGGAAAUUACAUUGGCCCGAGUCUAGAUAGUGACGAAGAAGAUGAAAACGACCGUGAUAGUGACCAACAGGACGGUCAAGACGAUGAGGAUGAAGAGAUGGAGGACGAUGUAAGUUUCAAUUUGCGUGUAUAUUAUGUUUUAUGCGUUUAGAAAUGAUUUUACAUUGUUCUUGGCAUUAUUAAUAUAAUUUUUUUUAAUUUUGGUCUGCUGAACGUCGAGUUGAAGCCCCAGGAAACCAGAUUGUACUCCAUGAAGACAAGAAAUACUACCAAACAGCGUUGGAAGUGUACGGUGAAGGAGUUGAGGCUUUAGUUCAAGAUGAAGAUGCUCAACCUCUGACCGAGCCGAUUUACAAGUCUGGGAAGAUUAAACGCUUUGAAGUCGCUGAACAAGACUUGCCCGCGACCAACUAUAAGCCUCAGUUUAUGGUCGAUUUGAUGCAGCAUCCUCAAUUAGUUCGAAAUAUUGUGAUUGCCGGACAUUUGGGUCAUGGAAAGGUGGGUAGUUUAACAUAAAUUGAAAUUUUCGAUUAUUAGACGACUUUCAUGGACUGUUUAAUGGAGCAGACACAUCCCGGGUUCCAGCGGCCUGAGGAGAGUGAUAUGCGCUAUACAGAUCAACAAUUUUUGGAGAUCCAGCGAGGCUGUUCAAUAAAAUCGACUCCAAUCUCCGUGGUAAUGCAAACUUUGAAGUCAAAGUCGUAUUUACUGAAUGUGGUGGAUACUCCCGGUCAUGUUAAUUUCUCCGAUGAGGUCACUGCCGCUUAUAGAUUAUGUGAUGGAGUGGUUUUGGUGGUUGAUGCUCACGAGGGAGUGAGUUUUUAUUUUUGUUUCUAGUGUAAUAUAAAUUGUUGCCUAAAAAAUUGAUUCUUAGAUUAUGAUGCAAACCGAAAGAUUGUUGAAGCAUGCGAUUCAAGAGAAACUUCCGGUUACAGUUUGCAUUAACAAGAUUGACCGUCUGAUUUUGGAAUUGAAACUUCCUCCAAGUGAUGCUUACAGUAAACUCAGAUACACCUUGGACCAGUUGAACAAAAUUGUGAAGACUUUUGCUCUGGAUGACUUCCCUGUGUUCUCGCCGUUGAAUCGAAAUGUGGUCUUUGCCAGUUCUCGGUACAAUAUUUGCUUGUCACUUGAUUCGUUUGCUCAGUUAUAUUCAACUAAGUAUCGUAAGUCAUUGUUGCAUUUGUUCUUUUGAAUUUUAGGUGACUUUCGCCUGGUAAACGACUGCAAAAUAUGAAAUUUUGCAUAUUAUAGGAGAUUUUGUUUUUUUUGACGACCUUGCCUACUACGAUUUAAUUGCAGCUAAAAUAAACACCAAAAUGUUUGCCGAUCGUCUCUGGGGGGACUUCUACUUCAAUGAGGACACCAAGAAGAUUACCACCAAGGGAGAGAUUGGUCAGAACAGAACUUUUGUCCACUUCAUUUUGGAACCUUUGUAUAAGAUCUUUGCGCAUGUUGCUGGAGACGUGGAUACAUGUCUGCCCCGGUUUACCAGAGAAAUGGGGAUCAAAUUGAACAAGAAGGAGCAGAAAAUGAAUAUCCGACCAUUGAUUGCGCUGAUUUGUCGUCGAUUUUUUGGAGAUUUUACAGGUAAAGCUACUACUUAUCAUGAAUUAAUUUUCGCUUUAUUCUUUGGUGAUAUUAUACUGUACUCUCUUUUAGCAUUUGUUGACAUGGCUGUGAGCAAGAUUCCAUCCCCACUUGAGUCCACCGCCGCCAAGGUCCGGCUGAAUUACGGUGGAGUAAUCGAGAGUCCGUUGGCUCAGGAGAUCUCCCGAUGCGAUAAAAAUGGGGUCCUCUAUCUCCAUACCACCAAGAACUAUCCCACGACAGAUGCCUCAUCAUUCCAUGUGUUUGGCCGUGUGAUCAGUGGGACUUUGAAAUCAGGAGAUGAGGUUAAAUUGUUGGGAGAGGCUUAUUCAAUCCAAGAUGAAGAAGAUUGCCGAAUUCUGACCGUCGGAAGAUUAUGGCUGCCAGUUGGACGUUAUAAAGUGGAAGUGGACACAGCCCCGGCUGGAAGUUUGGUGCUGAUAGAAGGAAUUGAUCAGCCAAUUUCGAAGACUUGCACGAUUAUUGAGAAGGACUAUAACCAAGAUGAGGUAGGAGAAUAUUGCAAAGAAAACUUAAUAAAAACCUGUGAACAUUUGAAAAGAUUUGGAUGAUAUAGCUAGAAUAAGAUGUCAGGCGGAUGACAGCAGACUUUUUUCAGAUCUACAUCUUCCGCCCUCUCCGUUUCGACACAAAAUCCGUGGUGAAGUUGGCCAUCGAACCGAUCAAUCCUUCCGAGCUCCCGAAAAUGCUGGAUUCGCUGAGAAAAGUGAACAAAUCGUAUCCGUUGCUAACCACUCGAGUCGAGGAAUCGGGAGAGCACGUGAUGCUGGGAACUGGAGAAUUGUACUUGGACUCGGUCAUGCAUGACAUGAGGAAAGUCUUCUCAGAAAUUGAUAUCAAAGUGGCUGAUCCGGUGGUUAGCUUUUGUGAAACGGUCGUUGAGACGUCUACGCUGAGAUGCUUUGCUCAAACGCCCAAUCAGAAGUGAGUUUGGGAACAUUUGGGAGUUUUUGCGUCAUACAUUUUGCGGAUUACGACAUUAUGUUUCAGAAACAAACUAACCAUGAUAUCUGAGCCUUUGGAGAAGGGUUUGGCCGAAGACAUCGAAAAUGAAGUCAUCAAAAUUGGGUGGAACAGGUAAAUUAUAUUAUUUUAAUUGUUUAUCAACAAUUUUAUUUUUUAAUUUGGGUUUUAUUUUGCAGAAAGCAGCUUGGGGACUUUUUCCAAUCCAAAUACAGCUGGGAUUUGCUCGCCGCUCGAUCAGUUUGGGCCUUCGGACCGGAUCUGACAGGCCCAAAUAUUUUGGUGGAUGAUACUCUCCCGUCAGAAGUCGACAAACAACUCCUAGGAACAGUUAGAGAAUCCCUGAUCCAAGGGUUCCAAUGGGCGUCGAGAGAAGGCCCUCUGUGCGAAGAGCCAAUGAGAAAUGUCAAGUUCAAGUUGCUGGAUGCCAAGAUCUCCGAUGAAGCUUUAUAUCGAGGUGGAGGUCAAAUUAUCCCGACUUCGAGGAGAUGCGCUUACUCAGCGUUCUUGGUAAGUACCGUAGAAACUGUUUUGGGGUUUUUUUUAUUUCUGAGGACGAUUUUGUGGUAGGUAUAAAUAUAAAAUAGGUUUUGUUUUGGGUUAGAAUUGUGGAUAUUGUCCGGAAAUAAAUUGCAAUGGAUGGAAUGACCCUUGAUUGUUCUAGAUGGCCACUCCUCGUCUCAUGGAACCGUAUUAUACGGUGGAAGUAAUCGCCCCAGCUGAUUGUGUCAGCUCGGUCUAUACCGUCCUCUCCAAGCGCCGUGGACACGUCACUCAAGACACCCCAAUCCCAGGCUCCCCACUCUACAAGAUCAACGCAUUCAUCCCGGUGAUCGACUCGUUUGGAUUCGAAACCGACCUUCGAACUCAUACUCAAGGACAGGCCUUUUGUAUGAGUGUCUUCAAUCAUUGGCAUUUGGUCCCAGGAGAUCCAUUGGACAAGUCGAUCGUCAUCAACCCACUCGAAGUUCAACCAGCCACUCAUCUGGCUAGAGAAUUCAUGAUCAAGACCAGGAGAAGAAAGGGAUUAACCGAAGAUGUCUCCGUCAACAAAUUCUUUGACGAUCCCAUGCUGGUUGAGCUCGCCAAACAGCAAGAUCUCUUUGUUCUCUAA